UUAGUAAUAUAAAUUAAAACAUAUAUCAUUUCGUGUUUACGAGACCCUAAUCAGCAACGGUGUCGUUUCAAAAACCCUCUCAUGUCCUUCCGUACUAAAUAUCUAAACCGUUAAUCUCAGGCUUCACGCAACGAAACCCAAAAUCAACGGAUCAGAUCACUCCGACUUCUGUUUCGCCUUUGCUACGCCACUUCUUCUUCUUCUCCGAUUAUAAAUUAAAAUCUCUCACAAAAUUACUAAUUCCGAAUAUUUCUUCUUCUUCUUCCUCUUCAUCGCAUCUCUCUCACUCCACGUUUUCUUCGGUGAAGAGAUAGCCUCCGGGAAAAGUUAUCAUCGCCGGAAAUUUCAGAUUUUUUCUCUCCCGCCUCUGCUUUCCUUGUUUCGCUACGACUUGCAGUGUAUAAGGGUGUGUGUUAUGUAUGGAUGGAUUAAAGGGUAAAAGAACAUUUAGACCGAUUAUGCAGCGGAAAGCUAGUGGUCUUGUUUUACAUGAGAAUAUGAAGAAGAAAGAUGAUAAGAGUCUUGUUCCUAUUUGCAGUCGAAUUGGUUGUAGUUCUAGGAUUAGUUCUACUAAGGGAGCUUUGAUUGAUCACAAAGCAAAAUCUACUGUGUCUUCGUUUCGAUCUUUUUCAAAUGGAAAGGAAUCCGUUGGGAGUUCUUCUCGAAGUAUGAGUGGAUUUGGUGGUACAAAAAAGGCUUCCAAAGUUGGUUGUAGGAGACAACUCUCGUCUCUUUUGGAUAUGGAUUCUUCAGAGAGUAGCAGUGUUAAUGAAGAGUCACCCACGAGUGAGCGUGUCCUUCCACGUGGAAAGACCAAAGAAAGCACUAUGGUUAAUGUCUCUGGAGAAGUUGUGACAGAGGCAGGAAGCUCGAGUAGAGGAACCCGCAGAAGCAUUCAUCAGAGACCUGAUUUGGUCACCCGAGAGGCUCGUAUGGGUAACAGUGAGCAAAAUGCAAGAGCUAGUGUGAACAAGAAUGGAUUGAAAGACUUGAGGAGCAAAUCUGGUUCUGAUGUUCUUCCAUCUAAUUCAAAUCCGAUAAGAAAAAGUAACAUAUUUAGAAAGAAAAAUUCUGAUGGAGAAAGCAGCUCUUCGAAUAGAGGGAAUAAGACGGAAGGAUCAGUGAUUGGGGGAAGGAAUUUAAGUUCCCCUCAGGGCAAUGGCAUCACCAUAUCUGAAUCUAGGAGGAACAGAAAUAUACCAAAUGUUAGGGACAACAGUGUUGUUUCAAGUAGUACUAGGAGAUCAACUGGUAAUUAUGGUAGAACAGGACGUGCUGGAGCGGUUGCAACUCUACAAGCACCUCGGCCUGCAACACUAGCUGAUCUCAAUCCUUCUAGAUCUGCAGAAGUUUCGCGUAGUCCUUUAAAUAGUUACAGUAGGCCAAUCAGUAGUAAUGGCAGAUUACGUAGCCUGAUGAUGCCUGGUAGCCCCUCAGAAGGCGGCCUUUCUCACUCUUUGAUGAACCGUGAUGGUUUCAGACGGUAUAACAUGAAUGGAGUUGCAGAGGUAUUGUUGGCGCUGGAAAGGAUUGAACAAGACGAAGAGCUUACAUACGAGCAAUUGGCUGUUUUAGAGACCAAUCUGUUCUUAAAUGGUAUGAGCAGCUUCCACGAUCAGCAUAGAGAUAUGAGGCUUGACAUUGAUAACAUGUCGUAUGAGGAAUUAUUAGCAUUGGAAGAGAAAAUGGGUACAGUGAGCACUGCUCUAAGCGAAGAAGCGCUUCUGAAAAGCCUGAAGUCAAGUAUUUACCGUCCAAAUGAUGAAUCCGACGACAUUUGCCUAAACAAAGAUGAUGAUGUAAAGUGCAGCAUUUGCCAGGAAGAGUAUGUUGAUGGAGAUGAAGUAGGAACUUUGCCUUGCCAACAUAAAUACCACGUGAGCUGCGCGCAACAAUGGCUUCGAAUGAAGAAUUGGUGUCCUAUUUGCAAAACCUCUGCAGAAUCUCAACCACAGCCAUUUUCAUGAUGAUGGGAUUUGCAGAGACAUCACCAAAGUGUUUGUCUCUCUACUUCCACCACAUUGCUCUCUUUUAUUUGUACAUAAAAGGUUUCUUUUUUACUUACACACAAUUGGGAACAAAAUAGAAAAUAAGAUCAGGUGGACAAAUUCCUUUCUUUCACCUGUAUAAAGAUUUAACAUUUCAGUUGAAAUUACGAACCAAUAUUUGGUUUAAUUCCAUAUGUAGUUAUAUACUGUUAUUGCACUCUUCAUGUUCUUCCGCA